AUGGCUGUCCCUGUGUCCUCGAGUGGCCCGUCCACAACACCGUCCCUGGCCCGAGUUGACGCCCGGGACCCCGAGACCACAGCGGACGUGGUCCAGGAGUUUCUCGAACGGGACGGUGCCGUCAUUGUGACGAACCUGAUCACCGCCGAACAGGCGGCGCAGAUCCGCCGCGAUCUCAAACCGCAUUUUGACGCCGACGGGGGCGACAAGAGCGGCUUCUUCCCCAACACGACGCGGCGGGCCAUCGGGCUCUUGGGCAAAUCGGCCACGUGCGUCGACCUGGCCCUCAACCCCCUCUUCAACGAGGUGGCGUCCCGGCUCCUGACGUCCAAGUUCGAGUACUGGAUCGGCCAGGAGAGGCAGGUGGCCGUGUCCAAGCCGCAGAUCUCCAGCACCGUCGGGUUCCAGGUGAACCCGGGCAGCAGGCAGCAGGGCCUGCAUCGGGACGACAUCGACUACCACGUCCGGUCGGGCCACGACUCUGUGCUGAUUGGCUGCGUGGUCGCGACGGUCAAGACGACUCGAGAGAACGGCGCCACCGUCCUCAUCCCGGGCUCUCACCGAUGGAAGGACGAUCGCUGUCCGUACGACCACGAGGCGGUGCCGGCCGAGCUGGAGCCGGGCGACGCCACCAUCUUUCUGGGGAGCACAUACGUGAGAAUGUACCGCCAAGUCGAGAACCAAUACCUGACGGUCCCACCGUCGGUGGCGUCGUCGCUGCCCACAAAGGCACAGCGCCUGCUCGGGUACGGGGUGAGUCCGCCGUUCUGCGGCUUCGCCACGGAUUACAAGGACCCCAUGCAGGAGUUGUUUGGCGUCGUGGAUGCCGAGACGGUCGUGUUGUGA